UUUCCUGUUGUCCCCCCGGAGCGGUCGCCUUCCAGCAGGGAAGGAGUCGCCAGGCCGCCCCAGGAUCCCCGGCCGUCCUCCCCUCCUCCCGCGGGCGGAGCUGAGCAGCCGAGAGAGGGAAAAGCAGCCGCCCGGGCUCCCGCCGGCUUCCUGGUCGCUUCCGGGUACAGUUGGCUGAGAAAGCAAUGAAUGAGCCAAGGUCUGCUGGGACAGAACGGGAAGUGGAAGGAGCGGAAAAACCCAUCAGUGCAGUGCAGCGCCAACAUAAGACGGAGCGCCUGGGAUGGGGAACGUCGCAAAAGAGCAGAAGGGAGUCCUGUCGGGGGAUGCAGGAGCGCUGGGAAGCCCAGCUACAGCAGUUCCUGAAAUCUCUGCAGCCCAUUUUAACAGGAAGGGGAAACUCUGCGAUGCCAGAGGCUUCUCCCUGGGAAGACACCAAGGCGUUUCUGGCCUCCUUCGAGCAGGUGGCCAAAGCUUGCCGAUGGCCUCGGGAACGGUGGGCAGCCCACCUCCUGCCAGCCCUGAGCGGAGAAGCGGAAGCGGCCUUCCGAAGUCUGGAAGCCCGAGACCAGGAAAACUAUGAGAAAGUGAAGGCUGCCAUCUUGCGAGGGGAAGCCCUGAGAACAGAGCUGCAGCGGCAGCACUUUCGGCAGUUCUGCUGCCAAGAGGUAGAAGAUCCCCGGCGGAUCCACAGCCAACUCCAGGAGCUUUGCUGCCAGUGGUUGAGACCGGAGAGACGCACUAAGGAGCAGAUCCUGGAGCUGCUGAUCCUGGAGCAAUUCCUGGCCAGCCUCCCACCGGAGCUCCGGAGUUGGAUCCAAGCCCGAAGGCCGGAUACAUGUUCCCAAGCGGUGGCCCUGGUGGAGGACUUCCUGAUGAGUCAACAGGAGGCCAAAUCAAGGGCAUCUCAGGGGCGUUUAAAGGAAAAGCCUGUGGAUUUCCUAGUUGCAGAGAAAGAGCCCCUGAAUGCUGUGAAGGGACCAGUCUACGGUGAAACCGAUCCGAAUGUGGAUGCCAACUUGCUGGGCAAUGGACCAAAAUACCCAAGUCUCUCUCCUUUGCCAUUUCCUCCUGAAGGAGAAGAAGUGGGCCAGACUGGUGGGAAAGAGGGAUCAAGGGAUCUCAAGGAAACUGGAGGGUCUUUGCAAAUUGUCAAGCAGAGUCUGACUCCGCCAGGCCAACAGACUAUGCUCUGGCAAGUCCUGCAGGAAAAUGAUGACACAAACACAGAUAUUUUGGGGGAUGAAAUGGGAAAUUACAUCAAGGUGGAGAUUUCUCAGUGUGGAGAAGCUGAAACACAGGAUACCUGCAGGAUGGAGCCACAAGUCAGCUAUGACCAUGUGCCUGUAAAACGGGAGAAGCUGGAAGGAAGAUGUGAGUCACGAGAGCCACAGGGAGGAUCACCAGUUGGGACAGGAAAUGAAUGUAUUGAGCUGGCAGAAGUUCAUUGGAAGAGAUACCAGAGAACUCCCAUUCCAAAUUCCCUUCCUAGGGAGGGCGGUCAUGGGAUCCCGGAAGCCCUCCCAAGCAAUCCACCCCCACUGAAGAAGCCCCGCAACGGUCCAGAGCACAGCGUUGUGUGGGAUCACUUUGAGCUGGAUUCCGAGGACCCUUGCUACGGCAUCUGCACACACUGCAAGAGACGGGUUAGCCGGGGCAAGAACUCAAAACAUUUUUCAACGUCUGGGUUGCUGAAACAUCUUCAGAGGCACCACGGCAACAUUGUUCUAGCUGCUAUCGCCACAACGCGAGCCAUGUUGCCGACCAGCAGUAAGUCAAAGGCGCCUGUUGUGACGCAGAGCGCGUUGCCGCAAUGCUGGACAAAGCAGAAGUCAUCAGGUAAAAGGCAGCCUGGUCCAAAGCCGUCCGAGGUGACCCGUGCUAUUGCCCAGAUGAUGGCUUUGGAUGACCAGCCAUUCAGCAUGGUGGAAGAUACAGGUUUCCAGCACCUCCUGAAGUUGCUCGCCCCCAACUAUAAAAUCCCAUCUUGUACCCCCUUCAGCGGGCAGGUCGUGCCCUCCCUGUAUCAGGCCUGCAGGGAGGAGGUCUUGGGGAUGCUUCAAACCACAGGACCCCCUGCCAGUGUGAACGUAAGCUCAGACGAAUAAGAACUGGCUUCUUCCUUCCUUUGAUCUUCGGUUGCUCCUGUGAGCACACAUAAGGGGGCAAUGUUGGUAGGCAGCGGCAUAACCCAUUUUAAUUCACUGAUUAAAUCAAUCACAUGCAGAGGAAACUUGAAGUAAUAGACAAAAAAAGUCAGCAAAAUGUAGGAAAACAAUAAAAACACAAUGAGAAAUAAACCAUACGCUAUAGGAAAAAAAGGUUACGGUAUAAGAAAUGAGUCAGUUGCCGUGUCAGAAAUGAAGGGUUUUAAUAUAAAUUACAUUACCUAAUCAGUGGCGAACGCAGAAGCAGCAUACAAAACCCAAACCACCUGCCCAUCUCUGUUUAACUAAGUUAAGCAUUCCAGUCAAACAGAAGAAACAAACAAUAUCUACCACGCCAACGGACAGUUCAAGAUUCUUACAUUCUGUUCAGUUGAGGGAAACGCUCCUGUAUGUUUUAAAAAGGUUCCUUAUGGCAGAGUUGAAAACCAUAAAGAAAAGUUGAGAAAAUUGGGAAAAUAGUGAGGUUCCUAGUGGCCUCACUUCCAGGUACCUAACUUAACACCUAAGACGUCUCCAAUUUCUCAGGCACCUUCUAGCACCCUCUGAAAUACCUUGCUGGUAAUUAACCAAAAACGACUGAUCAAAUUAAAAGAGAUUCUAUAUUGAUUACUAAAAAGUUAAAUUAUUUCUUUGAUCUCCCUGCUCCUUAAUUGUCUUCUCUCAUUGAGAUUUCCAUACUGAGAACCAAGAACCAAAGGUCAUAAAUUUGGCCUUCACGUUUUGUCUUCUUAAAAGUAACAAUCCAUUCCCCUGUGUUUGGCUUUCAAGCCUUAACUAGAAUGUAGGAAGGUAUAAGAAUUAAAAUUGAAAAUAAAAAUGAAAAUAAUUCUGAAGUAUAGUAUUUUACUUAAAAAUUAAGUAAAAAAAUUAACUCAUAACGCUGGUUGAAUGGAUUGGCUAUAGCAAAGUAAAUACUCAUUUUUUAAAGUGUAAACAAAUGUUUACAAACAUUUUAAAACUGAAAGUUUAUGUUUCUCAUUAAAGGGAGGCUCUUUGUGACAAAGUGUUAACAUUCAGAAUAAUUAAGUGAAGAAUGUCAAAACCAUACAACUUGUUUAAAGCUAAAUAUAUUUAAUCUAAAACCAUUGGAAAUCUUUUCCAAACUUUUUCUAUUUGUCCUUUUUAUUAAAAAAAUAUUCUUAGCAUUUCUGCAUUGUUUCAUACACAAACCAGCUAAUUCUCGCUUUUUCUUUUUAAUUGCACCUUUUAAUUGUUACUUAUUUUAAUCUAUCUGUAUCAUAUCCGUGAUUUAAGCUUCAGGAAGCCCUUAAUGAAACCUCUCUACAUUUCAGUGGUUCAGCACGGAUUCUCUUUAACUCUUCGUCUCUGAGAUGGAAAAAGAGAAAUUCAUCAUGAAUCCUUAAUGCAAGAGUUUGGUUCUGGCUAUAGCAGGCUUUGUUCCUUUUAUAUUUUAAAAAGAUUUUAUUUAAAUUUGUUUAGAGUUUUAUAAUAUAAAAUAGAACUGGUAGUUGUAACUGUUCGAUUUCAUUAUUACAAAUUUGCCAGCUUCUUCAGAAACAAAGCAAGUGUAUGAAAUAUAUAAAUACAUCCGUUUUUAGCAAUACAAAUAAGCAUAUACCCAAGUACAUACACCUGCAUAUUAGAAGGAACAAUAAUUUAAUGCUUUAAAUUAAAAUAGAAAAAAAGGACAAUUUAACACACUAUAUUUUUAUGAGACUGCAGCAAAAGUAUAGAGAAAAAAUUGGGCAGCUGUAAUGGGUUGGGUUUGGUUGAGAACUGUCAAUGAAACAAUAUCGCUAAUAGGGCUUUUUUUCUUUGGUUUAAGAGGAUUGGUGUAAAUCGGUGUUUCUCAACCUUGGCAACUUUCAGAUGUGUGGACAUGCUGGCUGGGGAAUUCUGGGAGUUGAAGUCCAUGCAUCUGAAAGUUGCCAAGAUUGAGAAACACGGGUGUAAAUGUUGUGUUGUAAUAGCAAACAGCAGUUCCACAGUUGUUGCUCUGCACAGCAGUUUUAUACUCUUCUUCAAAGAGCCAUCCUCCAUAUUGCUCAGAAAGAGUUGUAUUCAGAGCUGGUCCAGGAAUGCUUCAAGCUGUCCUUCUGAAAUUUUGCUUGGAAAGUUGGUGGAUGAUGUAUUGAUGAAUCCCUAUUUGUGUAUAUAAUAAAGAAGUACUAUGUACUGGAGUAACAGGC